AUGGCUGAUCAAGCUGAAGUCGCCUUUGCGACUACCUUCCUGAACACGCUAUCUACACAGCCAGUCACGUAUGCCGACGAUUAUCAGCAACCACCCGAGAACUCGCUGCGAAGGGUACCGGUACUAGGCAUCGACCUUCCCCCUCCUCCAGAACGCAAGCAUGAGGUCAUAUCGGACGCAGAAGGCAUAUCAGUCACCAUAAAGUCCCUGAAACCUGCUGCGUCGUUCAGCCUCACAAUCGACCCCACGGACACCAUCUCGGAUUUAAAGUCGAAGCUCGCUGCCCAACCCAACGCCCCGCCCGCAGACGUUCAAAGGCUGCUUUUGAAAGGCAAAGCCCUAGUUGACACCAAGCUCGUUAAGGAGUAUAACGUGAAAAACGGCGAUACGUUUACACUAAUGUUCAAGCCCGGCGUAGAGUGGGAUCCCUCGAAGCCGACGGAAUCACCAUCUUCCACCCCGUCCAUCAUGCUCAUCGAUUCGUCGAAGACACCUCCGCCGACAGGAGCGCGAAAACACCAGCGCAUCCCCUCUGUCGUCCUGUCUCCCUCGCCGUCAAGCGGGUCGCCGACGUUCGAGAAGACGAUCGACAUUCCGUUGACGCUAGACGCAUCUACGUCGCUCCCAGAACCGAUGUCCACGUAUCACACAACCGUUGCGAAGCCAGAAUUCUGGGAGCGGUUACGCGCGUUCUUGAGCGCCGAAUUUCCGGAUGAAUCAGACGCCGUGCUCGCAUUCGAAGAGUUCCUCCGUGCGAGCAAGGGAACGUUAACAGCAAGUGAGAUCGCCAAGAUACGCGAUGAGGUUGGCGUCAUUGGCAUGGCGGGUACAUAA